AUGGGUGUGGUUGAUACCCAUCUUGACAAAGAUGGUGCAAACAAAGAAGAUCUAGUAGAUUUCCGAGGAAACCCGGUGGACAACUCAAGAACUGGUGGAUGGCUCGCCGCAGGACUCAUCUUAGGAACCGAACUCUCAGAAAGGAUAUGUGUGGUGGGCAUAUCUAUCAAUUUGGUGACAUACCUAGUUGGAAAUCUGCAUCUUUCAUCGUCAAAGUCUGCAAACAUGGUGACCAAUUUCAUGGGCACUCUCAAUCUUCUUGCCCUUCUGGGCGGUUUCUUGGCAGAUGCUAAGCUUGGCCGUUACUUGACUGUUGCAAUCUUUGCCUCCAUAACUGCUCUGGUAAGGUUUGUGCCAAAAUAA